AUGAGGACAUCUGUAGCUGUGCAGUCAGUGGGGGGAGCGGAGUUGUUGGCGGCAUUAGUAACCAGCGAGGGGAUUCAGUCAGAGCUUGACGACCAGACGAGCGCUAGGUUCUUGACCUUUGUUGUGAAGGGCGAGGACCAAGUGCACGCCGUAGCAUUAGGGUCGGAGGUCGAACUCCAGGAGCUCGAUGCCAAGCUCAACGCUGGACACGUGUCAGAAGGCGUGUCAGGCCUGGACCAAUACAAGCUCGUGUUCAAAAGCGUAAGCAGACUCAAGGUUUUCACUGUCUCUGGGCAAACCACUCCGUACACCCAGUCCGUCGUGCGCAACAGCCUAAAGGAGUUCCUGGGUGAGAAGGCCGUGGGGACUGAAAUCAGACAUAAGGUAUGGCUAGAUGCUUUUGGUAGGUGUCAAUCUGAGACUGAGGACACGGGCGACGAUGGGCAUAUGGGCGUUAAUGAGGAUAUUGGCGCCGAUGAGCUACAAGUGUUUACGAGAAAGCUAAAGCGGAAAGAGCUGCCGCGUCUCUUGCCGAAAGUCCAACAAGACUGGAGGGAGGGGAUGAAAAGGUCGGCGGUCAACUCGUGGACAGACUGCCUCGAGGUUGCACGCGAUGCUUUCAACCAGUACCCACUGCAAACGAAAGUGGCGGUUGCAGGCGGUGCGCUGUUUGCGCUGGCGGGGUGCUACUUUAACUUCUUUCCUCCCGGCGUCGGUGGUGCGCCCUCGGACAAUGAAUCCAAGGACUUGGAGAAUUACGCGAAGAUCUUACCCUGUGUCAAUUCAACCCGUUUGGAUAAGGCAACAUGUGCCGAAGGGGUCCCAUUAUGCCUGAUGAUGAAAGUUGACCCUCAGAAGGUCUGUCAGCAGUUUAACUACACUGUCCCUCUGGAGCUUACUGGAGACGAACAGCCCGCCCGCGAACCUGACGACUACGGCGGAGCCGAAAUCAGCCGCGUGGUCGACGACGAGCAGGGCGGCGACGACGAGCAGGGCGGCGACGACGAGCAGGGCGGCACUUACAACGCGGGAGCCGCACGCGAUCUUGCCCUGUGGCAAUGUGACCCACCCGGAAAGGGCGUUGUGUGUAGAGGAUGUCCCGUAUUGCCUGACGUCGAGAUUAAUGCCUAA